AUGAAUAUUUCCACAUCCACCGUCGCCAGCAGAAGAAGAAGGGCACGGUCUGCUCUUCAAGAGGAUGAGGAGAAUGCAGCUGAGCUGAAACUGGGCCCGGAAUUCCAGCUGGAGCAAAUUGACAACUACGGCAACGAGACUAAGCUUGUUGCCUUAAAUGUUUCUGAGGCCCGUAUUUUGAUCAGAGCUGCGCUUCAAGAAAGAAUGGCCAUGGUUCAGAAACUGGGAGGCCAAGAUUUGGGUUUAGCAACAGAGAAUCCAGAUGACGAGACCUUAGCUAGAAUGGCCACCGCCCCGGGUGCAAAUGAAGUUUUACGCAAGACUUUGGAUUACUUGUCGACAUUUGCACGGUUUAAAGAUGCAGAGACGUGUACUGCUGUGGAAGCACUUCUAAAAAGCUCCGAAAACAGCGUGCUACACCCCUUCGAGGCUGCCCAGCUAGGGUCCCUCGCAUGCGAAGACAUUGACGAGGCAGUGACUCUUAUACCGAGUUUGAACGAGAAAAAGGAUGAGGUGGACCUGCAGAGAAUUCUGGACGAAUUGAACAGACUAGAGGCUAAUUACUCGUGAAUGACGGUUUAUGCAAAAUGUAUUUUAGUUAUUGGUAAUCUUCCGGAUGGUAGUAUUCUCUCAAGAAGCUUUUCCCAGCGUAUUUCCAAAAGCGUGGCAGGCAGCUAUGCGGGACCAAGUUGAUGUUAUUAUUUUUAGUUGAGUCCGAGCAUAUACACCGUUUUCCAAGACGCAGCAUUUGAGACUCCGGGCACGUCACAAAGGGAACGUGGGUGUAACCAAUGUCCUCGAAAUGGUGUAUUUCUGACCGGUUGAGAAGCAACGCCGCCGCAAUCGAGUGCACAGGUGCAUCUCCCCAGCGCUCAUAGUAGAAGCCUCCGGUUUGGCUUAAAAACUUAAAAUAUGUUUCGUAUUCUUUGGAACGGAAGAAGUUGAGGUCUCCAAUCUCAAAAUUAGACCAAAAAUGGCACAGAUUGUACGAAGAAUUAUGUUCCACCACGAGAUACUCUGUUCCCAUCGGUUUGUCGUCGGUCAAGAAAUCUAACAUGGAGUCUGGAUGUAUCAUUUCUGGAUUGGAAUUCAUAAAAUCCUCCACAGCCUCCCAUAGAGUAGGUAUGGUGUCUUCGUACUCAAUCAGAGAAAUCACAAACCCGUACUUCUUUCCAUUUUCACGAAACAAACGGAAGGGAUCCAUUUGAAAGUCGCAGAAAUACUCGACAUCGGGUUCCACUCUGAAAUAGUAGUCGUACUGUAGCACCAAUGGUUGUUUAUAGAAAAAUCCUGAGUUGAAAUGACACAUAUUUCUGUAUGACUUGGACCCGCCAUAAAUCACGUUGCGGUCUUCGAAAUCCUGCAAACACUCUUCCCACUUGGUCACAUUUAUGAACGAAGGAGCAUUCCAAUCUUCAGGCGAUAUUAAUCCAUAUUGAGUCUUUCCGCUAGCCAUAAAUGUAGUAGCUUCCUUGAACUGCUCUGUGAAUGGCUUGUCGUUCAAAAAUGUCCAGGUGUAAUGGUAAUCCCUGUUGAAUCGAUCCUCCAAAGAUCUCAUUGACUUGAGGACUCCAGGAAGUUCCCAGUUUCGACAUAGCAUUAAAAUGGUAGCAUUCUCUAAUUGGGGAGUUUCAGAAAUUGGUUUGGGAAAGAGUUCGCGCGCAUAUGAGUUAGAAGCAGGUUUGAGCUUAGCCAAUUCGAGGUCCAUCAAGUGAGAAUUGUCACGCUUAGCCACGAUCUCUAGCGAAUGCGAGUAUAUUUCAUUCAACUUCACUUUCGACCUGACUCGAGCAUUCCAUAUCUGUGCAAAAAACGAUAUUAGUAUUAUGAAGGCGACCAGGCCUCUCGAGAUAGCCAUGCUUGGUAUGAUCAACCACUCCUAAAUGCCGAGUCUGAAAAAAAAAAGUGAACUGAUAUUCUACUGAUUUUCACACUGCCUCGUUUUUCUUUUUCUCCAUCACUGGUAAGCUUACGCUCUCACUGGUCUUCAGAUGGAGAUCUUCGAUUCCUGCCAACCCCUUCUUUAUCACACCUCCUACAGGCUUGAAUUUUGGCGAUGUCAAAUAUUCCAGAACAGCAUCCAUAUUCUCGAUCAGUUGGCGCAAUUUGAAGUCACUAUAGCCGAUUACUAUAGAUAAACAAGUUCCCGUGGAAGGGACGAAUGUGGUGCUUCUGGCAAUCUUCUUCACUUGGCGUAGCACGUAGUCUGCCUCCACCCUCUCAUCCUUCAUCUUUGUAGACUUUUUAGAUUUUACCAGUUGGGCGUCUGGCGAAGGUUUAGCCAUUUGGAUCAUUAAAGGUAGCUUUUUAUUGUUUUUAAAAAACAGGGACCUUCCAAUCAGCGAAGGAAGUAAUCGGUAGACUCUGUGGUCAGCAAGUAAUAAAUCAUACUCAUAAUAGAGCUUCUUAAUCUGUUUUGGGUUAGAUGCAAACUGUUUGAACUUUUUCAUGCUCACUAUUUCCCCAAACACAUCUUCUGUAGGAGCGCCUUUUUGCUCCAGAAGAGUCUUAUAUUUUGAGACCGGAUCCUUGGUUAUAAGCAUGAUUUUCAAGUUUUCGUGAGAGUCUUUGUGGUGAGGUAAUGGAAUGAUUCUAGGAACAAGGUCUAAAUCAGAAGAAGUUGGUUUCUUGGUGUCAAUGAUAAGGUAGAUAGCUUCAUGAUGAUCACCUUGUGACUCUAAAUGUGCCUUCAAAGCCUUCAAAGAUCGUAUUGCUCGAGAUCUGAGUUCAUCAUUUAGAACUGCUAGGUUCCAGU